AUGUUCAAGAAAGAUCAGCGUACACAACUCUCGUUACUGAACGACGACGUCCUCUUAGCAAUUAUUUCCCAUCUUGCUACGCACGACGCACUCUCGCUCUCCGCGACUACUCGAGUGCUGCAUGGUCUAGCCACUCGCCAUGCUCUGUCUUCGGUGACGAUCCACUUCCGCGACGCUGCCCAUUUCAAGAUAUUUUGCAGGUAUCUCCUCGCAGACAUACCCAAUCGGUUAUAUUGCGUGCGACGCCUCGAGUUAGCAGAUCCCCUGGAGAAGAUCAGACCAGGCCAGCUGCAGGCAUUGGUUUUGUAUCAGCCAGAGUUCAUAAUUGGUGGAGAGUCUCGUAUCCAGGUUGCAAUAUCAGCUCUUCCCGAGCUCAUCGAACUCCGAUUGGAAGACUUUGCUGGGGUGAAGUAUAUCCAGUCUCUUGUGGGCUUCAGCCCGGUAUUACGCAAGUUGGCACUCGAACUCUACUUUCGAGUCGGCAUCAGCGACGUUCUGGCUAGCGGUUGGAAACGCUUGAACUACGUCUGCGCGGAGCUGAUGGAUCUCGAACAAUGGUGGCUCACUUGUCCUGUCCAUUGGCUGCACCUCCGUACCGUAGAGUCCCACCCCGAUAUAGACUUCAGAGAGAUGCGUAUCGUACUCCAGGAACGCAUUCGCCCUGCAGUAUUGUCUCUGCACGUAUUCAAGGGAUGUUCCAACAGCUGGGCACAGUUGAUCGACAACUUGCCCGACACAAAAUGCUUGGAGAUUGUCACACACCACCAUGACAAGGGGGAGAUGCCGUACGCUGCUCAAAUCAAUCUUCUUCAAACUGAGCUUUCCCUCCUGCUUGCACGACAGAACAUCAUGUGCAUCCAAAUAUACCUUGAUCCUUUUAUGACGAGCCCGACAUGGUUUCUCCGACCUUUGAACCCUCGGGAUCGUCUGUCAAGCUCAGAUAUUGCAAAGUUGGAUGUGACCAUGGCUGCGACGGCGCACAGGCUCGCGUGUUCAAUCCCUUCGCUGAAGUAUAUCGCCCUUGGCUGGAGGCAAACUGAAAGUGAUGCAGAGAUGGAUUUUGCUCGAGUGAUCAGAUCAUCUUGGUGGCGAGUUGUCGGGUCCGGCGCGGGCCGUGCUGUGGAGCCGAUAUCGAUGGAGCGGGGGGAAUGGCAGGCAUCAUCCGCCGUGAUCCUCCCCGAGAAAGACCAGCUUAUCGCGUUCUGCAGGUACAUACUCGAUGACGCCCCAAUGCAGAUGAAGUAUUUGCAUGGGCCGAUUGUUCUCAUCUGGAUCCAGCUAAAGCGCAGACGUGUUCGAGGUGGCUACCAAACUCCGACGAAGCUGUCUAUCCCAUGCUUCGUCGGUGAUAUCGCACUCGAGGAGCUGCAGGAACUUCAGCUCCGAGACGCUAGCAAGCGCGUGGUGGAUAUGAUCUCCAGGUUUCACGGCAGGUCACACAAAGUCCUCACCUUCUAUGCCACGCGAGACUCCAAGAUUGUUAUGGCUCUCUUUCGGCUGACCCCGUUAAACAAUUGGGCGGCAUUGCGACACCUAUCCCUCUUCCGCGUCGUGGUCCCCGCGCUCGUGCUGUUUCCGAAUGUGAAGAGCACGCGACUUUGGCACGUCGUGAUCAUUAACCGGGAUGCCCCACCGACGAUGGCAGUCGCACGGGCGCAGCGACUCGCUGCGGUCCACGUAACGGGACUAGGUAACUUGUGGCACGAAGUGAGUGUCGGGUUCGCUCUUGGUCCUCUGCAGUACAUUCGGCCUAGCGUGCUCUCACUGGCCGUCCCCGCCGAUCCGUCGGUCCUGUUCUGGACAAGGCUCGUUGAGAUUGUACCCGAGAUUCGAUGUCUCGACAACGAAGUGGAGGCUAUCGUGGAAUCAGCGAUGCGUCUUGAGCUGACUGCACUUGCCCUCGCCCAUCAGAAUAUCGUGCCUUCUCUCCUAGCUCGGCUAGGCCUGAACCGCAUUCGCGCCUCUAUCACUGAUGCACUCAGGCUCUGUCAUACGGAUGCGCGACGUGCUCGUUGGCUACAACACUCCUUUGCGGUACUUCGCUGUGCCGCUGUGCACUCUGAGGAUGAAUGGUCCGACGAUGCUUUCCACUGGUCGUUCAUCAAAUACUCGGGCGACGAGCGAUACAUGUCGGAGAUGUCUAGCGGGCUCUAUGGCAUGCACUGA